AUGAUAAUAUAUUUAGGAUUGUUAUUUGGUUGUCUUGGUGUUUAUUGGACUUACGUAAAACUUUCGUCAUAUAACAAUAAAUUGAUACCGAAAAUACCAAAAAAAUUCAAUAUAAAUAAUUUUAGAGUGUGCUUUAAAGAAUUAUCUAAAUGGCUUAUAUAUGCUGGAGAGUAUAGUAAUGAUGUCGGUGGUGUAUCAAAGUUCAAUUAUGGACCAAUUGUUGUAUACGUGGUUUCAAACCCAGAAGACGCGUCAACUGUUCUGACUCGAUGUACAAGCAAGUCAUUUGUGUACGACUUAAUAAAACCUUACGUUGGCAGCCAACUCAUCGCAUCUGACUAUCCAGUGUGGAAACGCAACCGUCGUCUUCUCGACCUGGCCUUCAAGCAGAACAUCUUGAAUAGUUACGUGGCUAUGUUUAAUAAACGAGCCGACGCACUCGGGGUAGAUAUGUCCAAGGAAAUAAACAAAGAAGUCGAUUUUACGCAUCUAUUAAGUAGAUAUCUAUUGGGAACCGCUUGUUAUACAACACUAGGUGUAAACGUGAACGACCAAAAUGUAUCUAUAGAUAGUUAUCUAAAGUCAGUGGAUAAAUUAAUAAAGAUCAUGUUGAACAGAUUCGUACAGCCCUGGCUUCUUUUAGAUUUUGUAUUUAAAUUUAGCGAACUGAAGAAAGAACAGGAUGUUGCUCUGGAAAUUGUGCAGAAUUUUUCAGAAGAGGUUAUACGAAAGAAGAAAACGCAAUUCGCACAAAACAAUGAUCACCCAGGAGAUAUAGACGAAGGUAACGUAGAGAGUCUCUUGGAUAUUCUGAUGAAGAAUAGGAAUGAAGAUGAAAUUUCUGAUAGAAAUAUGAGGGAGAUAGUUGAUAACGUUAUAUUAGCUGCUUACGAUAGCAACGUGUAUAUGAUGAUCUAUAUAUUAGUGUGUAUUGGAAGUUAUCCUGAUGUCCAGAAAAAAGUUUACGACGAAGUAAUCAGUGUAACCGGACAAACAGACAGAGAUAUUACCCACGAAGACUUGCCCAAGUUAGUUUAUCUCGAGGCGGUGGUUAAAGAAGCGAUUCGCCUCUACCCAGCAGGACCUAUUGUAGGACGAGUUACGACGUUUGAUACUCAAUUAAAGGAUUACAUACUGCCAGCCGGUUGUCAAGUCAUAAUACAUCUUGGCGCCAUAAAUCGUAAUAAAGAACAUUGGGGACAAGACGCGGAUGACUUCCGACCGGAACGUUGGUUCGAUUCUAUGCCGACACAUCCGGCUGCAUAUUCAAGCUUUUCUCCAGGAAGAAGAAGCUGUAUUGGCAAAUCAUAUUCAAUAAUGUUGUUAAAAACAAUGACAUCAAAAAUAAUCAAGAAAUUUUACAUAAGCAGUGAUGAUACGAAAUUGGAUUUUGAAUUCGGAUUGUUUUUGAAACCUAUCGCUGGACACCAUAUUAAAUUAGAACUGAGAUGA